AUGGCGAGUGCAGCCGCGAAUUUGAAACACGGGUUGUUAGGCGAAUUCCGAGCUGGAGUAGAAAGCAUCGACGAAUACAAGGAAAAUUUCGAGCUUUACUGCCUGGCAAACGCAGUACCCAUAGGAGACGAGCACGUAGCUCGUAGGAAGGCAAUCUUUUUAACGUCCGUGGGUGCAUCGACGUACAGUUUGUUGCGGACCUCUGUCCGACCCCGCCAACCGCAAGAUUUGGAGCUUGAUGACAUCAUUCAUCAACUGAGAAAUCAUUACGAGCCAAAGAAGAUUGUUAUAGCCGAGCAAUUCCGUUAUUACAAGAGACAACAGAAAGAAGAAGCCCUACAGCAAAAAAUUCUGGCGGAAACUGACCUAACACUCGAUAACGCAGUACGAAUCGCGCAAGCCUUUAAAUCUGCAAGACAAGAGACGAUAGCUUUGCGAGGAGACACGCGCAGACACGGAUCAACAACGGACCACGAGACGGCAUUUAGCAUGCAAAGUAGUAGCAGUAGGAGGUCAAAGACAACACUGCCUGAUGUGAAAGUAUGCUACAGAUGCAAUGGUAAGGGGCACGUUCCUGGUAAGUGCCAGAUGAAUCCAGAGAGUGCUAUUUAUGUCACAAGAAGGGACAUAUUGCAAAAGCCUGCCGAAAAUACAAAGUACCAGAAGCAAGCCCCGUUACAAGUGGAAGAAGAGGAAGUAUGUUCACUUUAUGGUCUGGGAAGUCCGGACGCAAUCAAAGUCAAUAUAACUGUAGCUGGACAAGAAUCAGAGCUGAUUGUUGGCACCGGUGCAACUAUUACCGUGACUCCCAGGGAGACCUAUGAGAAACAACUAUCCCAUGUCAAACUCCAGAGCAGCAACGUGAAAUUACAGUCAUAUUGUGGACAGACAUUGUCUGUACGCGGAGAAGCUGUAGUACCAGUACGCUAUGGAGAUCAAGAAAUAAGAGGUAGAGUUGUUGUCGUCAAUGCUGCAAAUAAGCCAGCAGUGCUUGGCAGGAAUUGGUUGUCACAACUCAAGUUGGACUGGGCGUCCUUAUUUAGUUUGAAUGUCCUGGAUCCCCUACACGAGUUUCCUGAGUUAUUCAAGAAAGGAAUGGGAAAGCUGAAAGGAGUGCAAGCGAAUAUUACUUUGAGUGCCAAUGCAAGGCCAGUCUUUCAUAAGACAAGACCGGUACCAUUUGCGUUACAGGCGAAAGUGGAUACUGAAAUCGAUCGCUUAGUCAGAGAAGAGGUACUGACACCUGUAGAACAGAGAGAGUGGACUUCACCGGUAGUAGUGGUGAGGAAAUCUGACGGCAGUGUCAGAUUGUGUGGUGACUACAAAGUAACCAUCAAUGAAUAUUUGGAAAAUAUUGAGUAUCCUACACCAAAUGCUCAAGGUUUAUUUGCUACUUUAGCUGGUGGUCGACGAUUUACCAGGCUUGAUCUAAAGCAAGCUUACCAACAAAUGGAAGAUGCCUUUUGGUAUACGAACAACACCGAGUAUUUUCCAGAAAACGAUGGAUAUGAUAUUGUCUGGAAUACCAGGAGUUUUUUUGAUGACAUACUGAUUGUCGGUUCAACCGAUGCUGAGCACGAUGCAAGAGUGAGGCAAGUAUUACAACGCCUAAAGCAACGAGGAGUCCGGCUAAAGAAGGACAAAUGUGAAUUUGGUAAGUCUGAGGUGACAUACUUAGGUCACAGAGUAGAUCACGAAGGUCUGAGACCUACAGAAGACAAGGUCAAGGCUAUCAGGAGCUGUUUGAGUCAGGAGUUCGAGGAUGGAUCAGAGAGAUCGGUAGCAUUUGCUUCACGGACACUGUCAUCAGCAGAAAAGGGCUACGCCCAAACAGAGCGUGAAGCACUGGCAUUAAUAUUCGGCGUUCGUCAUUCCCACAAGUUCCUCAUUGGCCGAAGAUUCACACUGGUGACAGGUCACAAACCUUUGGUCAAAAUUCUGGGACCUAAACAGGGUAUCCCGGCGUUAGCAGCAGCAAGGCUGCAGAGGCGGGCACUAAUUUUAAGUGCAUACGAGUACAACCUGGAGUAUAUGGCUGGAGAGGAGAAUAAGGAAGCAGAUAUGCUGUCCCGACUGCCAAUGGAAGUGAAUGUCAUAGACCCUAACCAGGAAUUGUACCAUGUGGAUGGCUGUGACAAUCUACCUGUAACAGCAGCAGAAGUAGCACAAGAGACUAAAGCAGAUCCAAUUUUGAGAUGGGCAUACCAGUAUACAUUGUCUGGAUGGAACUGGAAAAGUCACAUGGAUCCAAGGUUAAAACCUUACUCACGACGGUCAGAUGAACUUAACGUUGAAGAAAACUGUUUACUUUGGGGAAGACGUGUGAUAAUACCGUAA